ACAUAUUGGUGCAGACGUCGUAACUUCCGCUCCUUUUGUAACUCAUUUAUUGCGGGAAACCGGCGGCUGACGCUUGGAGGUAUCCGACAAUGACACGGACUCUGAAUGCCAUCGUGGCCGUCUGUCCUGACAUGGGGAUCGGCCGACUGGGGGAUCUGCCUUGGAGCCCGAUCCGACUCAAUCAUGAAUUCAAACAUUUUCGAAAGAUGACCUCAACGCCAUCCGUGGAAGGGAAGCAGAACGUGGUCAUCAUGGGGAGAAAGACCUGGUUCUCUAUCCCGGAGAAAAACCGGCCCCUCAACAACAGGAUCAACAUCAUCCUCAGCAGGGAGCUCAAGGCGCCUCCUGCUGGAGCUCACUUCCUGGCUGCAGACUUCACCUCCGCCCUGAAGCUGGUGGACACAGAGCUGUCGGAUCGUGCGGACCAGGUUUGGGUGAUCGGAGGACAGUCACUAUACCAAGAAAUGAUGGAGCACCAGGGGCAGAAGCGGCUGUUUGUCACCAGGAUCUUGAAGCAGUUUGAGUGUGACACAUUCUUUCCUGGCAUCACCCUGGAAAAAUACCGCCUCCUAGAGAACUUUCCCGGAGUCUCCACUGAGAUGCAGGAGGAAAAUGGUAUCAUGUACCGAUUUGAAGUUUAUGAAAGUGUUGAACAAUAA